CAACUCCAUGUCUGAGUUUAGCAAAGUGAAAUCGGCGAAAAAAAAAUUAUUGUUCAUUGCUCACACGAAAAUACAGUAACUUAUAGUUAAGAAGAUUAUUUUCAUAAAAAGCGAAACCAGAAAAGUCUUUAAAACAUACAACUUAUUUAAAUUUCAACUUUAAACUGAAUAUAUAAGCGAAACCUUAUCAACUGCCCCCAAUGUCCGCAAAUACAGCAUCCACAUCGAAUCCGACGAGAUCGUCUAACUCAACGACGAUGACUUCGCAUAUCUUAAACGCAGCUAGUACUAGUAUGCCCAGCAGACCGGCGGUUCGUGCACUAGCGCUCGAAUACAAAUCACUGCAAGAAGAGCCGGUUGAAGGUUUCCGUGUAAAAUUGCUUAAUGAAGAUAAUCUCUUUGAAUGGGAGGUGGCAAUAUUUGGACCGCCGGAUACACUUUAUCAGGGAGGAUAUUUCAAAGCGCACAUGAAAUUUCCACAAGAUUACCCGUAUUCACCGCCAUCUAUACGCUUCCUGACAAAAGUUUGGCAUCCAAAUGUGUAUGAAAAUGGUGAUCUCUGUAUUUCCAUAUUACAUCCUCCGGUAGAUGAUCCACAAAGUGGAGAACUCCCUUGUGAACGAUGGAAUCCAACACAAAAUGUGCGCACCAUAUUACUAUCGGUUAUAUCGCUGCUAAAUGAGCCGAACACAUAUUCGCCAGCUAAUGUCGAUGCAUCUGUUAUGUACCGGAGGUGGCGUGAUUCGCAGGGAAAGGAUAACGAAUACCCAAGCAUUAUACGAAAACAGGCACAGGCUGCUAAUGCAGAUGCUAUAAGAGAAGGUAUUGUUGUGCCGAUGACACUUGAGGAUUACUGCCUUAAGCCGGCACGUAAAACAUCUACAGAACCGACGCUAGACACAAAUUUCUUUGACGAUGAUUAUGAUUUGGAAACUGAAGACGAUCUACCAACCGACGAUGAUGAUGAAGACGAUGACUAUGACCUUGAUGAAGACAACACAAACACGAAACGUAAAGACAAUGGCACCGCGGAUGAAUCUGCUGAUGACAGUGGUAAAGGUGAGACAUCGUAAUCUCACAUUCAAAUGAAUAAUGUUUUAUUUUUUUGCUUCGGAGUGUGAAAUCAAGGUAGAAAAGGCAAAAGAUAAAAUUGUGUGAGAUUUUUUUUUAAGAGGAGGCAAGAAAUUUUUAUGCAGCGCAUAUGUGGCAACAAAAUUCAGGAAUAAUUUAGCACUUAUGUAGUGUAUAUAUUUAUAAUAAAACAACAAACAACAAAUGAAAAAAAAGAAAGCACACUUAUCCUUUUGCUAAACAUAAAAAAUUCAAAUGAAAAAAUUAGACUUUUCAAAAAAGCAAUAACGCAAAUUUACCGUAAUAUUUUUUUGUAAAUGAAAUGAUAAAUAAACAGACAUGCAUAUAUAUACAAUAAAUAAAUGAAAUAAUUAGAAGUGUGCAGAUUAGUUUAGCAUCAAUUAAGUGUUUUUCUAAAAAGUAACAAUAAAAAUAUUAAAUGAAAACUUAACAAAAAAUAAUACAUGUAAAGAGUAAUAACAAAUAUUAAAGCCAAAUAACAGAAAUUAACUGACAACAAAUAGCAACAAAAUGCCAUAAAAGUAGCGCUAUAAAUAUCAACUAAAACUUUAAUUGUAUAAUGCAAAUUCGACGCUUCGUACACUACACUUACUAAAACUAUGCAUAAUGACGUCAAGUGACCACGAAAAUAGUUUAUGUUAAAGAAAUGUAUUACCACCUUUUACACUAUCCAGCUAUCUCACUACAACGUACCGACAAAUGACAAGCUGGUUACUCUUUAUUACCAGUACGAGUACAGUUAUCACAAUUGAAUGCAGAUACAACAGCAUUACAUUUGUCUGUUACCCUUGAGACGCGUUUACACGUUUACACAUUUUUAAAUAUUUAACUUUUACUUUAAACAAAAUACACACACACAAUGUGUUGUUUAUGCAAUUCAGUUUUGAAAACAUUGAAUUUUUUUCGUAUAAUACUGCUUGUAUACACGUAUUUUUACUUAGUUUAAUUUCGACACAGCAAUACAUAGCUUGUAUUUUAAGUAUGUUUAUAUAAAUUUAUUUUGGUAUUCAUCAUAUACAUAUGCCCAUGUACUGUUUUGUUCUAGAGCUAUUAUAUUUUUAUACUCAUAUUGCUAAUUUGUAAUGUUUUAUGUCUUUAAGAUUUCGAUUUUCUGCAUUAUUAGAAAAUAGAAAGCUGGCGUUAAUGUACCAACGAACUAUUUAUUAAUUAUUUAAUUUUGUCUAUAUGUAUGUAUGUAAAUUUUCUAUGUAAUAAGUAUUCAAGCGAAUACCGGUUUUAAUAUGUAUACGCUAUAUAAAAUAAAUUUAAACAAAUUUUGACCAACAUAUUUGGCAAUGAACAACUUUCUCUAAAAUUAAAUGCACAUGUGACAACUGAAAUUGGCUCAAAGUAAUAUAUAUUAGUAAAAAAAAUGGUUAAAAUAAAAAAAAACGCUCUUACUAAAAACAUUAAUCCUGAAAUAUAUUUUAAGCUAAACUUCUAGACUUUUCCAAAUCAAGAACAAAUGUGGGAACCUAUUUUUUACAAUGCAAAGCUACAUAAAACUGCAUCGAUUGUAAUAUAUAAAACAUAACAAAAAUUUCAAAAAAAUUUCAUGUGCUAAUGAUUGUUUUAAUUUUCUUUGUCGUUUAUUAAAUUGACGUACAUAAAUUGUUUUGUAAUAAAGCAAAUGUUAAGUAAUGUAACAUAUUAAAAAAAUUAAUUAAUAAUAUCAUAACAGGCGUUAUAGUUUGCGUUUAAAAAAUCAGUAAUUUUCUUAAAUCUAACUAAAAACUCACAAAACUAUCAAUGUUUCAACUAACUAUAGUGAAUAAAAAAAUGAUUUUCAAUUCAUGUCGCAAACGUCGUUGCAUUGAAAAUUAAACAUAUUUUAAGAGAAAAUAAGGCAUAGAAAGUAAUAUACAUACAUAUACAAUAAAUAUACUUGAGAAAGCAUAUAUAUAAUAGCAACUGCUUUUAAUUUAUGCCAAUAUGUAUUGACAUACAUACAUACUUUUCCUCAAUACAUGCAGAACAUUUUAUAACUAAACAUUAGAAUUCCUCUUCAUAUAAAAAUACUAAAACUAAUAUGAAAUAUGUAGUAACUAUAAAUUGUAAUAUUCAAACUAAGUAAACGGAAAGCUCAGAUACAGAGGUAUAAAAUAAUUGAUAAUGAUGGACAUACAUACAUACAUAAGUAUACUAUAAAUAAAUAUGUACGCUCUAAAAAUAAAUAAAUCUUUAAUGAUAUUCAAAACAUGCAAUAAUAUUGUAUAACUAGUAAAUGGAAAGCUAACUGUCAAAUUCUACGAUUGUAAGAUAUAUUCUCUGAAAAGAUAUAGAACUAAUGAUAAGAUGUGACACUCCUUGCCCAAAUCUAAAACUGCACUGUUCCAAGAACGUGUAAUUCUGUUGUCGAAUAAAUCCUUCACAUUUUAUAACCAUAUGAUUAAAGAAA